AAGAUUAUACGUACAGUACAAAAACAACGUUCAUCAAUUUAAUUUGGCUUUCGUCAAUUAUUUACUGUGUACAAGCUUUUAUGUUUGGCAUCCAGACUCUGAAAGGCUCAGCAUAUUGGUUGAAAAUGUAUGAGAAGUGAAGCCUUGCCAGUGCGGUCUAAUUCAACAGCCUUUAGCACACAUAUUUGGAGAAGAUAACGCUAAACGGAGUCACAUAAUACAAUAAAAAUAGUUCAGGAAUGGCUUGAGGAAGUCAACAACGAAUUUAGUGACAGACACGUGUGAUCCACAGGGAACCCGCGUCUUUUAGAGGAUGAUACCGCAACUUAGAGGGUUUAGGAGAGUCCAUGCCUUGACAGCUGCAUUCCCCUCCAUUUACAUCGAAAACUCCUCCCUCGAUACUCGUCAGUUCUUCCAGCUGGUCCAUCGCCGGCUGAUGGACUCAGAGCUUUAAGUCGGCCAGCGAAGGCCUCGUUUAGCUCCAAACAGGGAUGGCCAGACAUGCGGUGUUUUAUUCAGGGGCCAAAUUAUGGAGAUCCCUGGCAUGCGCAAAGUCAGAGCUGCGACUGGAUCUCACCCUCGCUUGUGGACAAACUUUCCGCUGGCGAGAAACCUCCGAGGGCCAUUGGACCGGAGUGAUGGGGGGGCGUGUGUGGACCCUGACUCAAACGGAGGACACUCUUUGGUACUAUGUGUACACAAAUCACGCUGGUGGGAAAAAUAAACCUGAGAAGACAGACUCUUUGAGGACAGAUGAGGAGGAGGCACAGUCAGUCCCCCCCACACUGGACGCUGAGGUGGAAGCUGAGAUGCUGAGAGACUACUUCCAGCUGCAUGUGAAGCUGGGGGAUCUAUACAGGGAGUGGGGGGCAGCAGACUGCCACUUCAAGGAGAUUGCUGACAUCUUUACAGGUGUGCGGAUGCUGCGUCAGGACCCCACAGAAUGCCUGUUUUCCUUCAUUUGCACCUCCAACAACCACAUCUCUCGCAUUCAGGGCAUGGUGGAGAGGUUGUGUCAGGCUCUGGGCACCCGUCUCUGCCAGCUGGAUCAAACCUCCUACCAUGACUUCCCUACACUGUCUGCACUGGCAGACAGCGGCGUCGAGGAACGUCUCAGGGAUCUCGGCUUUGGUUACAGGGCGCGGUUCCUUCAGCAGAGCGCCAAGCAGAUCCUGGACACACACGGGCCCCAGUGGCUCGACGGUUUACGGAACGUCCUGUAUCUGGAGGCCCGUGACGCCCUUCGGACGCUCCCUGGUGUUGGCACCAAGGUGGCAGACUGUGUUUGUCUAAUGGCAUUGGAUAAGUCUGAGGCCGUGCCUGUGGACACACACGUCUGGCAGAUUGCUAAGCGAGACUAUAAAUUCACUGCUGAUAACAGACAAAAGACCCUAACGGAAAAGGUUCACAGAGAUAUCGGAGAUUUUUUCAGAAAGCUGUGGGGGCCGUAUGCGGGUUGGGCCCAUUCGGUUUUAUUCUGUGCCGACCUCAAGAAAUUCCAGAACCUCAAAGGAGAUACAAGUUUGAAGCAGUCAAAGAAAGAGGAAGAGCGCGAAGGAGAGAGCAAGAAGGUAAAAAUAAAAAGAGAGCUCGAUGGACACGAAAAGAAGAGGAAACCGAAGGCAGAACGUCGGAAAAAGGCAAAGAUCUCCGUCAAGACAGAGGAGGUUUGAGACAACAAAUCUUUGAUGUGAUCAGGUCGAAAUGGACUUGAAUUUCAAACGUCAUGUUUGUAUCUACAACUUCAUGGGCAUUGGUGUUACUGUUAUCACAUCUCGGUUUUUUAUCCUCAGGUUUUUACUGUAAAAUUGCCUUGUGCUAUUAUAUUAGUUCAGAAUUGUCCAAAAAAAAAGAGUGCAAUGUGAAAUGUUUUACAAAAUAAAAUUAAAAUAAUAUAGUUAUAUAUUUUUUUUUAAAUGAUCGUUAGCCUUUGUAUUUUUAUAUUUAUAUAGAAACUAUGGCCAUUAAGAACAUCAAACGCAUUAAAAAUGACCAUUAAUGCUGCACUAAAACUGUAUCUACAGAGUACUGAAAAGGUGAAGAAAAAAAACAACAACUGUCUUUUAUAAUUUUCCUGGUCUGGAUGAGUUUGGUGACUUGUUUACGUUUUCUGGCUUUAUUGUUGAUUUUAUUGUCUAAGAUAGGGAUUCCCAAAGUUGGAGUCAGGAUUGUAACCUGACUCUUGCCAGAUGUGUUGACGCCGUGUGGAGCUCGGCGGAUCUACAUCCACCUGGUGAGAGUCAGGUUAUCAGGACUCCACUCAGGAUCACGGA